UCGUCGAUGAACGACGACGAUCGAAUGCUCCGCCGAGGUUUGCCGAGCCUGCGGAGGCUCCCUGCGAUCUAUUUGAAAGGAACAUAUCGCAAGGCGGCGGGCCCGCUCUCAGAUCUUAUCUCGCGUUCGAGUCCCUCGCUCCGCGAAUCUCAGCCUGGCGGAACUCAAUUUGGAAUUCGCUGGUAGAAAAGCGAGUGCACUCGGAACAUCCGAGUCGGAUGUUCCCACAUUCUCCGAGUUCCGACGAGUGCGACAGAUUCGUAGAUGUCGCGCGGCUCGACGGCGGUAUUUUUUAAAUUCCAGGUCUCGACAGAAAAACGAGGAAAUUUGUCGAGAAAAUUAUUUGUCGAGUAUCUAGAUACGCGUAUACCGAUCAGCUGUUUCUGCGAUUAUCUUACGCUUGUUCCCUUCCUUUUCUUUCACCUUGAUUUGUUUGAUUAAUACAUAUACAGCUCAUUAAAAAUUUUUAAUUAAAAGAUGUCUUGCGACUGAAAAUCUUGUUUCAAAAUUAGGUAAACAUUUUUUUUUAAAUUGCUGCUUUUUUUCCUUUUAAUUAAAUUCCUGCUUUUUUUCCUUUUAAUUAAAUUCCUGCUUGAGUGUCACACUCGUAGUCAUGUAAUAAAUAUUUUCACGCAAAAUCGACUUCGUUUCAAUGACGCGAGUAAAUUCGAAGUCGAUCGUUUGGACGAAUCUGCGUAUAUAACCUAGAAGAUAGCUAGAUGCUAGAUGUUACAGUGGAGCAACUCCGCACACUAUGAACGACAAUAAAAUGUUGAUAUAUUUGGCACAAUUAUAGCAAUAUUACGUAACUUAUUCUGCGUAAACUCAGACACGUUACGCGUUUCGCAGAUUAAACGACAAAAGCGUCCUACGUACAAUUUCGUCUGAUACGGCAGUGAUACGCAUGUGAGCAGUGCACGCUGCAACGACAAGCUGACUAACACGACUGAGAGAAGCUCUUGAAGAUGACUCAGUUGGAACUGGAUCCUCAAUUCACGCAGGGCCUGCGUCUUCUACAUUCCACCAACAAGGACUCCGCAGAGCAAUUGCGAGCUCUGUUAGAUGAGGCGAUCAAGCAGAAAUACGGUCCAUCCAAGAUGCUCUCCAAUGUACUGCACAAAAAGUACAUGAUGGAAGAGCCGGUACUGAGUGAUCACAGCAGUAGCAGCAGCAAGAAAAGCAAGAGCUCGAGCUCAUCUAAGCACUCGAACAAAUCGAGCAAGAACAGCUCGCCCGUUAAUCUGCCAGCACGUGACACGCCACCGGAUAUCCUGCAGACGGACGACACAUUAGCGCUGGAAAUUCUGGAGGACGACUUGACGUGCGUCAUUUGCAAAGGGAUGGACGUUGGCGCGAGGAACAGGCUCGUGGAGUGCCAGGAGUGCCAUUCGUUGUAUCAUCAGGAGUGUCAUGUACCACACAUCUUGGAUUCGCAGAUAGACGUGCCAAAGCAAGUAUGGUACUGUUCCAACUGUUUGAAAUCCCAGGCUUCAAAGGAAAGGAGCUCACCAAAGACUGUGAUAGAGAACAAAUCCAAAGAGCAGAAGAAACUCAGUUCAAGCAGUAGUGCUAAAGUGACACCAAAUAUCCAUAUUAUAAGUGCAGACAAAAGACUGAAAGACAUGAUGAAGAAAGCUAAACAAGACAAACGAAACACGGGUACUGCCACAAGCUCAAAGAGCUCUUCAUCCAACUCGCCUGCAUUGUCCUCAGCCAAGUCUUCUCAGGAUAAAUCUCUGUUAUAUAAGAUGAAGUCAGGUGUAGAGUAAACAUUAUUUAUAUGUAUAAAGAUUUCUAUAUAAACUCUUUAUAUAUAUUUAAAGUUAGACCAGCGUAGCAAUCUAAAUCUUGGAGAUACCUCUCAAUAUUUCUUAUGAAAAAACGGUGAAUGUAGACGAAUUUGCUUUAUUAUUUGAAAACUACGCUACUUUAGUAUAAUAUUUUAAAACGAGUGUAACAGAAAAAAUAUUUUUUAUAUAUGGAAUAUCAAUUUUUAUGGUCAACUGUUUUGCUAAAUGCCAAUUUUUCUUGCUUAUGUUUACUGUAAAUUUUAUCUAUUUUUACUCGGAUAUAUGAGAAAAAUUAAUUUUUAAUAAAUAAAUUAUUAAUAUCAAAACAUGAUUGUUGACUUGUGUUUAUGCGAUAUAAAGAUUUCAAGACUUUAUUUGAUAAAAAAAUUAAUUAGUGCACAUUUGAAGAACGUCUCAUGUUUGAGGAAAAGUUUACUAACAUUCUUUGUAAUUAAAGAAAAAUAUAUAGGAGAACUAUAUGUGACAUUGGUAUAUUUUAUCAGAUUAUUUCAGAUUUAUUGUACAAUGAAUCUGAAUUGCACUGUGUGAAAUUUCCUUCAUUAUUGAAUUUAAAUGUUAUUAAGAUUUGUUAUAAUAAAUUCUUUAUUUAAAUUGAUUUAAUAAUAUCCAAAGUAUUGUCAUAACUUUUGUUUCUUCCAAUUUUUUUACUUAUUAUGUCUGUAUCGUCAUGUACAUUCAGACUGAGGAUAAAAUAAUGCUGUACAUUUCAUGGUGACGAAAUUUUUACAAAACGAAAUCAUCCAAAUCACAUUGGCUUUUUAUGUAGUUACUAUGGUUUUUUGUAUGUGUAUUUCUAUGUAUUGUAAGACUGCUAAUAGAUAAUUGACUACUAUCAUCAUCAGCAGCAGUUAUUUUUCCAGUAAGCUUUUGCAUCGAAAUCUUAUUUCUCUUACGAUUACAAAUAUUUGGAUUUAUACAUUAUAAAUAUAAUUAUAUUUGAUAUAUUCUGUUUUGUUAUAAUUAUUAUUUUUAAUGUAAUUGUGAAAUUCUGAUACGGCAUUUAUAUGUAAGAGUUUCAAUAGCUUUACAGAUUUAUUAAUAGUGAACGAAAGAGUAUUGAACUGUUUGUCUGGUCACACAAUACAUGCGAGCGUUUGUACAUGUCAUAAGAAAAAAAAUAUUCAUUUAUCAACUUUUUCAAUUUUCACAUAUUUUACAUUUUGCAAGAUAUUCUCGGAUGCUCAAAUCAGUUUUUCAGAAAUAAAAAAAGAACAAUUGUGUGUUUACUUCUUAUAUUAAUCUAAACUUAUUAAUUGCAGAAGAAAAUCACAUGCAAGCGAUAUAGUUUACCAAAUUAAUUUGAAAUAAAUGUCUUUUUGUUGCAAUGAGCAUUGUCUCGUAAGUGUUUUUGUUUUUUUAUUUUAUUAGCAAGAUGAUCGAUAGUAAUAACUUUUAUAUGAAUACAUUUUCGUGUUUAACAUUAGUAUGUGGAUGUAGAGGGAUAAGAUAGAGAAAAGAGAUGAAGGAGCGAACACAUUGCGUCCCCUUGAAACAAAAA